UAACAACCCACAUUAAUAUUUCAGUGUGACAAACAUCCUUCUUUGUGGUUAAAGCUCCAAGUGCGUACAUGACAGUCACUAAAAAUUAAAGGACAGAAGACGAUUGACUGCAUGAAGUCUGCUCACUUUAAAUGAACCCUACAUUCACGCUGUCCAAAUCCAUUCUCUCUAAACCAACGAUAUGAAUUCUGCUGGGAAACCGAAGGUGUUUAGACCAGAUGAGAUGACCACGGUUAUGUUUGUUAGUACGGAUCCUACAGAACUACCACACGAGUUAGAUUACAUAAACCAUCCUGAAGAGGAAUGGAGAAAACAAAAAAGAAGUGAUUCUGAGAAGAAAUCAAGCCACAAGACCACAGCGGUGUGUUUGGGGCUGUUGUGUGUUCUUCAGCUUGUGGUCGUCACAGUGCUGUGUAUGAAGUUCACAAAAGAAAACAACCUGUUCCAAUCCGAGAAAGAGGGAAACUACUGGCAAAGUCUGAGUAAAAACUUGACCGAAGAGAGAGAGCAGUUAAAGAAGGACGUGGAGAAACUUCAGGCCAGGCUUAAUGAUCACGUUGGAUGAAGAAGAUGCCUCACUGACCAAACAAGACAUCCCUUCACAUCACUUCAUCAUCUGUCAAUGACCCCAGUCCCACAGUGGGGAUUGUCACUGAAGGAGCAGAAGCUCUUUCAGAUGUCUCUGAUGUAGCCCAAGCAUGUCUUAUGGGUCUGGCAUAUGCUUUGAACCUGAGGUACCCUAAGAAACUGAAAUAAACUUUUGAAGGUUUUCAGAAGAUCUUUUUACAACUUGAUGCCAGGAAUCUCUCUUUAAAGGUUCACAACUUGAAAAGUAAAUUAAUUGUUUAAAACAAUAAUUAUUAUUAUUAUUUUUUACAGAAUUCAAAACUGUUCACAGACUUCAAGUGUUCAGGUUGAUUGUGCCUUCCUUAUGUGAAUGGUUUAUUCUUUACAACUGAGAUACAAAAGAAAGAAUUGGAAUGUACCUUACAGUAUUUGGGGCAGUUUCUUUAAAGGUGUUCACUUUUAAGAGUAAGUGUUUUAAAUGCUCAGGUUUUGUUGCUGAUGAGCCGAACACAAAUGAAAAAAUUAAUCAGUUUUCUUUGUGAUUAAGUUUUUAUCUGCUGACGUGAUGUUUAAGAUGAAACUGAAUUUGAAGUUUUAACAUUGUUCAAAACACUGUUAUACGUAGCUAACUGAAUUACUCUGAGAUAUGUAACCCAUUUGGUGAAAUAAAUGCUCCACCUCAUUGAAAUUGCAAUUGGCGGCUAGAUGCUUCCAAGUUUUCCCUAAGCUGAAGAGCAUAGUCAACUGGCACAUUACUGUUGACAUAGUCAGCCAAAGAAAUUAUGUCAUUUAUUGUGCUAUUCCACAUGUUGAAAAUAGUUUCUUCCAUUUUAGUUUCUCUAUAACCUUCUCCUUUCCACAUCAAUGACAUACGUCUGAACAUGACUUGCUAAGUAAGAGCCAAUUUGAGAGCUUGUUACAUCCAUCCCAGGGUUCCCACGCUUCUUGAAAGUACUUGAAAGUACUUGAAUUUCAGACACAUGGAUUCAAGGCCUGGAAAGUAAUUGAAAACAAAUAUAGGUCCUUGAAAGUGCUUGAAUUAAAUUUGAAAUAAAUUUUGUUUAGAAUUGUGUUAUUUCAAAAAUUGUCCUACAGUAUAUGCGCUAUCAAAGACGGAACGAAACAUUGCUUAUGUUCGGGGGUGGAGGGGUAGCGGGGGAAAAAAAACUUUAGCAUGUAAGCUGAAGCACCGCCCUGCAUGAAUCGAUGGAGAGCAGAGCUAAUUAAUAGGCCCAAUGCCAGGGAAGUGCAAAUUUAGUGAUUCUUGGCUCGGUAUCGAUCUAUAUAAGAACUGGUUACUAAAAGUUCCAACAGAUUUACAUUUAGCAAGAUGUUCAAUUUGCAAGAAAAACAUAAAAUUGGAUUCCAUGGGGGAGUCGGCACUGAAGAGCCAUGCAAAAUGCGGAGGACAUCAAAAGGCAAUGAAGAGUCAAGCAAACGGUAAAUAAUCUCAUAAUCUCUUUUAUAUAUAUUGUUUUUAACAAUAGCUACACUUUUUUUAAAAUUGUUUUUUUUUUUUAUGUAUUCAUUUUGAUAAUGAUUAUGUUAGUUAAGUCAGUGUUCGUUAGGAGUCUGUGUGGAUACAAUGAAAUGCUAGCCGGAUAGCUAAACUUUAGCGAAAAAUAUAACACGUCCUCUUUACUACUACUAGAAUGUUUGCUUUAUGAUUUUUAAAAAUAUUGCUAGCAGUGAGUGUUUUCCGUCGCGGUCCUUCCCCUUAAUAUUCCCCUUAGUACUUUAGUAAAACGUUACACUUGCUGUAUCCGAAAUGAACAUUAUUAUUUAUAAAAAUAAUAAUGAACACAGCAUAUGAUGUACAGGCAAGUAGAAGAGCCCAAAAUAUGAACGUAAUGCACGCUUUGAGUUAAAUUCUGCGUGCCUGUAUAAGAUGUGUACUGAAUUUGUUCUUAUAAAUAUUAGUCUUUAAUGCAUUAAAUUCACACUAAGUGUUUUCUUUAUUACUGUUUUCUAUGGGAGGAAAACGUGUGUAUCAGUGUGCAUCAUUAUAUAUUUAGUAUAUGUAGUAUCUCAAACUUUCCCGCGAGUUUGCGCUCAGAUAGACGACAGUGGGCGUAUAGCGCCCUCAGGCGACCGUUGAUUAUACUGCAUGAAUACGUUACCUGCCGUUUUUUUGUUUGUUUUUUGCCAAUUAUGUUAUCCGUAUCUUUUUACCCAAAUGCAAAAUGUAUUUAUAAUAUUAUCUCUAUUUUUUUACCGUUUUUAAUCAAAUAAUAAUUCAUAAAAAGGAAAACUAAAACUCUCCCCAGUUUCACAGCAAGGCUUAAACCUAGUCCCAGACUAAAAUGCACUUUUGAGCUGUUUUAACUGAAAGCAGCUUGCAAUGACAGACAUUAAAUAUGUCAGUGCCAUUGUUUUGUCUCAAGAUGCACAUCAGUAAAAAUAUUUUUUUCUAAGCCAUGUUUUUAAAAGCUACUUUUAUGCCCUAAUUGAACUAAAGCAUAAUCCUGGCUUAAUCUAAGCCCUGUCUGAAACCAGGCCUCAGUGUUUUAGAACAACUUUAGAUCUUAGGUUAGUACCAGCAUGUGUUUAUUCUAGAAUGGAUCCGUGUAGGGUUCAAAAGCAUUAUGCUAUGUUUUUCACAGCUAUAAACAUUCAACAAUUUAUGCCAGUGCAACAACCUACCACCACAGCCUCAACAAUUGGGACACAGAGACAAUCGCAAAUUGUCAGCGUCACAAAGGAGGCAACCAUGAAGGCAGAAAUAUUGUGGUCACUUAAAGUGACACAAUCUCAUUAUUCAUUCCAUUCCAGUGAACAAACACGUCAGCUUUUCUCAGCAAUGUUUCCUGAUAGUGAAAUUGCUAAGAACUUUUCAUGUGGCCAGACAAAGUGCGCCUACAUAUGCACUUAUGGUUUAGCUCCCCAUUUCAAAAGUUUGCUCACCAACAAACUCAAAUCUGGAGAUGAGAACUAUGUGUUGCUCUUCGACGAGUCUCUCAACCGAAUGACACAAUCAAAACAGUGUGACUUUCAUGUCCGAUUUUGGAAUGGUGAUCAGGUUCAGACACAAUUUUUUGAUAUUGAGUUCAUGGGGCAUGCCAGAGCAGAUGAUCUCAAAUUGGCCUUUGAGAAAGGCACUGAGGCAUUGCCAAAGAAAAACAUGUUGCAAAUAUCCAUGGAUGGACCAAAUGUAAAUUGGUCCUUUUACAAGAAGGUGGAACAGUCACUUGCUGAUGAAUAUGGAUCGAACCUCUUGAAUUUGGGCAGUUGUGGUCUGCAUAUCGUGAAUGGGGCGUUUCAGAAAGGACUUUCAUCAACAGGUUGGAGGAUUGAUGGUUUUCUACGUGCCAUAUAUCAGCUCCUACAUGACUGCCCUGCCCGUCGAGAGGAAUAUCUUAAAGUCACUGAGACACAAGACGGUCUUCUUCCACUAUCAUUCUGCCCAACAAGAUGGGUAGAAAACACUCCUGUCUUGGAGAGAGCAUUGCAGAUCUUGCCAAACUUGGCCACAUAUGUGAGUGCUGUUGGAGGGAAAAGAACACCAAAUCCUGACACCAAGUCAUUUGAUGAAGUCUGUCAAUCACUGAAGAAUCCUCUGCUGGAAGCACAAAUAAAUUUUGCUUUAUCUGUGAGUAAGAGUGUCACCCCAUUUCUAACAAAGUACCAGACUGAUAAACCAAUGGUGCCAUUUCUGGCUGCAGAUCUUCACAAGAUGUUGAAGAAUCUAAUGUGUAGAUUCAUCAAACCAGAGGUCAUGCAGGAAGCCAAGUCUGUAAAAAAGCUCCUGGAUGUUGACAUUAAAUUGCCAACAAACUACAUUGAUUGCUCAAGUGUCGACCUUGGUUAUGUCACCAAUAGGAUCCUAAAGGAGUUGAGGGCAAAGCAAAAUGUUGGUGCAAGCACCAUUAUGGAUUUCAGGCGGUCCUGCAGAGAUGGUCUAGUUGCUAUGGUUGACAAACUCCAACAGAAGUCUCCCCUGAAAUACAUAUUGGUGAAAAAUAUGGGCUUUUUAGAUCCUGUGAACAUGGCAAAUGAAGAAACAGACCAGUUGAAGGGCAUGCUACGAAGAACCCUUGCCUAUCUGGUAGAUUAAGGGAGGAUCAACGAGCAGGACUGUGAUGAAAUUAUUCAGCAGUAUGCACAUUUCCUUGAUGAUGUUGUGCAGAAAAACCAUUCUGCAUUUGCUGACUUCAACUCACUUUCCGAUCGAGUAGACACUCUCCUGUAUACCUGCAUGUCCAAAGAAAAGGAACUACAGAAACUCUGGAAAAUGUGCCGUCAACUCCUGUUGCUGUCUCAUGGGCAAGGGACAGUUGAGAGGGGGUUCUCUGUCAACAGAAAGAUUGAAGUGGAGAACCUUGUAGAGGAUACAUACAGAGCUCAGAGAAUGUAUCUCCGGAUUGUAGGAGGAAUUGAAAAUGUGGCAGUUGACAAAGAACUUCUUCUAUCUGUAUCAUGCGCAAGACAAAGAUACAUAGCCAGUUUGGAGGAGGAAAAAAAGAAAGAAGAAACACAAGCAAAGAAUCAAAAAAGAAAAGCACUGUUUGAAGAAAUUGAGGAGCUUCAAUCAAAGAAAAAAAGGCUGGAGAGUGACAUGAAGGCUCUUGUUGAAUCAGCUGACAAAUAUGCUUUGAAGGCUGAAAGUACAGGGCAAGUUACUCUGAUAGCAAAAUCAAACUCCCUGAGACAUGGCGCUAAGGAGAAAAAAGUAGAACUUGAAAAGUUGGAAAAACAGCUUAGUGAAAAACAGUUACACUUUAAAAGCAAAUAAGUAAUAGAGUCCUAUUUUCAUUUUUUUUUUUUUUUUUUUUUUUUUUGCGGAUUUGCAUAUGUAUGAGGUUUAAAAUGUUCCUGAAAUAUUUUUCCAAAAAAUAUUGAAGUUUUGAGCAACUGCAUGUUUGAGCGGCUGCAUUCCUCUAGCUAAGGAGAAAAAAGUAGAACUUGAAAAGUUGGAAAAACAGCUUAGUGAAAAACAGUUACACUUUAAAAGCAAAUAAGUAAUAG